AUGGCGGAGCCUACGGAAAAAGAAAAGAUGCUUCGUGGAGAGCUCUAUCGGGCCUUUACACCGGAGUUGAUGGCUGCACGUGCCAGAUGCGAACAAGCCUACAGACGCUUCAACAGCGCGAGCCUGAAUGGUGAAAUAUCGCGCCGGCGACAGAUCGAACUAUGGCGAGACCUUGUCCAAGACACACGACCAUUACCCCCACCGGCCGAAGAUCAAGAAGCAGACGAUGCUCUCUUGCGAAAUGAACCUUGGGUUCAGGCCCCGGUAAUAAUGGACUAUGGCUUCAACGUCAGGGUUGGCGAAGGUGUAUUCAUCAAUGUCAACUGCGUCUGCAUCGAUACUUGUCUUAUCACAAUUGGGGCUCGUACGAUGUUCGGGCCGAACGUCCACCUUUACAGUGGCACUCAUCCCGUGGACCCUGCCGUUCGCAACGGCACGCUAGGGCCCGAGACGGGGAAAGAGAUUCAUAUCGGCGAGGAUUGUUGGCUUGGCGGCAAUGUCACUGUUCUUCCGGGGGUGACGAUUGGAAGGGGCUGUACGAUUGGGGCUGGUAGUGUGGUAACCAAGGACGUGCCAGCGUUUCAUGUUGCUGCGGGUAAUCCAGCUCGCAUUAUCCGGAAGAUUGAGACCAGCAUGGAGGAGGAAAGCUGA